UCUAUGGACCGAGCCAGCAGGUGGCGCUGAUGUAAUCGGAAGUAAGCCACCGUGAGAAGAAGAAGUGCUGCCGGAAGUGUUCCCGAGGCUCGUGGAUCUUCAGCAGCGUGGUCGCGGACCUACACGAAAGACAUGACUCAGCUGGAUAAUAUCACAAAACCAAAGACCAGGCGCUCAAAGCGGUUUCUGGAGAGCAGAGCACCCAAGCUGACUGAAAAUGUGAAGAGUGUCAUGAUAAUGAAAGGAGGAAACACAAGUCAGACCAUCACCCAGGCCCUGAAAGAUGUUUAUUCUCUGAAGAAACCCAAUGCAGUGCUGUAUAAGAAGAAGAACAUCACUCGACCUUUUGAGGACUCCACAUCCCUGGAGUUUUUCUCUAAGAAGUCAGACUGCUCUUUGUUCCUGUUUGGAUCCCACAACAAGAAACGGCCCAACAACCUCAUCUUUGGUCGUAUGUUUGACUUCCAUGUGCUGGACAUGAUAGAACUUGGAGUGGAGAAGUCUGUCUCUCUGAGUGAGAUUAAGACCAGCAAGUGUCCUGAAGGAACCAAACCCAUGCUGGUGUUUGCAGGAGAGGCUUUUGAGUCCGACAACGAGUUCAAACGAGUGAAGAACCUGUUUUUAGAUAUUUUCCGAGGCCCCACUGUGUCGGCGGUGCGUCUGGCAGGGUUAGAGCAUGUUUUACACUUUACAGCCAUGGAGGGGAAGAUCUACCUGCGCAGCUACAGGUGUUUGUUAAAGAAGUCUGGGUGCCGCACACCAAGGAUUGAGCUGGAGGAGAUUGGGCCAUCGUUGGAUUUGGUCCUGAGAAGAACACAUCUGGCAUCAGAUGACCUGUACAAGCUGGCUCAUAAACAGCCCAAAGCUCUGAAGCCAAAGAAGAAGAAGAAUAUUUCACGUGAUGCCCUUGGUUCGACAUUGGGCCGGGUACACAUGCAGAAACAGGAUCUGUCUAAACUUCAGACACGAAAGAUGAAAGGCUUGAGGAAGAGGAGGGCAGAGAUGGUUCCUGACAAGGACAUGCGCACUCCCAAAGAGGCCAAAGUAGAAAGCUGAAGCCACGGAGAUCUUGGUCUAGACGAGACUUCACUCAGGGCCAUGUCCUGAGCUCUGAUCCUUAAUCACGUCGGGGUCAGAUGGUUCUGGUUCUGUUGAGUUAAACAAGCAUCAGGAAGUCCUGAUCAACUAAUGUUUACUGUGGCAAAACCUCAAAACUCUCCUGUGGUCAACUUGCAUUUUACUUUUCUAUGAUUCAAACUUUGAAAUAAAGAACCCCAACUGACCUGA